AUGGGAUCCCCGGCGCGGCGACCCGGCCAGUCCCGGCCGCCCAGCAGGCGAGCUCUCAUCCUCCCGAGAGAGUUGAGGGGAGCCGCUGGGCCGCCGGCUGCCAGGGCUCCUUUGACAGCCGCGAUUAAACCACUAAAGGCGCCAUUGACGCCCCGCACGCAGAAGCGCGUGGACCACGGGGUGGCGUCCUGGCGGGAAGUGCCCGCGACUGGACCCUGUGCCUCCAAGCAUACGACCCCUACCGACCUCAGCACGUGCUCCUCGGUCCUCACCCUCAGUGACCUACAGAGUUUCGCUAUUGAGGGCCUCAGCCCUGAGAGAUUGUUUGCUGAGACUGGCACAAGAUCCUCUCCGCCAUCGGCAUGUCUCAUACUUCUCCAUCAGUGCCUGCCACCAAAGAAACUGACAAAGAGGGAGAAGAGACUGAGAGAAAAGAUUACAGCGGCCCUCAGGAAGCUGAGCAGCCAAAUCCAGGAUGCUCAAAUGAAGCAGAACUGGCUGUUGGAGGAGAACAGGCAGGUGCAGAAGGAAAAGCUCCUCGUGGAGGCUGAAAGCAAAUCUAUUCUGGAUUACCUGACUGAGAACAGUAAGCACCGGGCGAGGAAGUGUGAGGAGCUAUGGAAAGAGUAUUUCCAACAAUGCCAGCAGCUGGAGCACAGCAAACAAGAAUUAGCUUCCAGGUAUGAAAAAGAAACCUUGGACCUGAAAGCACAGCUUUUGCAGGGUGCAAAGGUCCAGUUCAAAUUGGAAGAGCAGUUGAGGGCUCUGAGGAAUAUUACUGCCAUCAAGGAGAGGCAGGACAGGAGAAUACAGAGCUUGCAGGAGCAGAUAGAGAGGAUCCCAGCGGAGACACACAUGAAGGACCGCGAGGCCCACUUCCAGUUCCUCCAGCAAAAAGCCCUCCUGGAGCAAGAGAUCAAAAGGCUGGACCUGGUUCGGGAGCAGCUGCGGGAGAGAAAAAGAAGGGAUCUGGCUGACAAGGCCCAAGCCUUGGAGUACACAGCACAGAAGUCUCAUUUUGGAUUCUGCCGCGGCUUCUACAGAGAAAACCUGCAGCUGAGGAAGACAUUAAAGCCACUACUUCAGGAAGCCCAAAAACUGGAAGCUAUUCAAAGCCAGUUAGAAAACCAGCAGCAGCAGCUGGAGCAGAGACAUUGGUAUCAAGAAGCCAUCAUGAGGGGGAGGCAGCGGUUGCAAUCCAGGGGCCUCAGAGCCCGAAGCCACAGGGGCUCCAAAGACCACAUUGCACACCCCCAGACACCAAGUCAACCCCCAAAGGGAUCCCCAACAUAACAGAUGAAGAACUGGAUCAGGUACUCCUCGGCAGUAGAAAUCCCUCUAAGGAGUUAGCUGAGUACUCCUAGGGUAAAAUAUUUUUCAAUCUUGUUCCAUUGAUCAUAGUAGCAAUACCUGAAGUUUUAGGGGACAAGGAAAGUUACCUAAUUGUAACAAGUACUAUAUAGUACUAUUAGGGGACUUAGUUAUCCUUCCAUGUGUACUCUUGUCAUAUGCAAAUAACCUUUUGUCAUUUAUGUGAUCAUGUAUUUGUGACCAUUUAAUAGAACUAAGAAUCAUAUUUUAAAUUAUUACGGACUUUUUUAUUCGAAUUGUACUUUCUGCAUUUUAUGGCCGAUGAAUGCUAGACUAGUGAUUUACUGGGAGGUGACUCUGGGUGCAGCUGAGUAUAUUUAUAUACUUUAACAUUACUCCUCUGUGGAAAGAUAGAAUCAACCAUGUUGUCCAGAAGUGAUGAAAAACUUCACAAUCAUCUUAGUGAAUAGAGUGAAAUGAAUUUAUUGAAAACUGGAUUAAAAAGACUUUCUUUCCAAGUGCCUUUUACUCCUAGCUUUCUAUUUUUGGUUACCUAAGUGGUUUCUUUGUAUUGUUAAGCAGUAUUUUGUUAUUUAAAAAUAAAAGCCUGCUUAUGAUUAUAA